UGGUAGCGGUAAUCGGUCGACUGUCCAAACGCCUUUGAGAACGGACCGAGCGCGUAGCGUUUUUCCCAAAAAUCGUUCUGAAAGAUACCACCCGUCGUGUAUGCGUGCGAGUUGGCUGAGAUGUGUGGCUGUGUGCGUGUUGAAGUUGUUGCAUUGACAAGGCGCGACCAAAAACAACGCCCAGGAAGAUAGGAGAACGGAUAUAACAGCAUCUUCUGGCCUAGCCGAGAAUACAAAGAAGAUAAAGGCCACAAAAGGAACGCCGGAAAUCGCAAGAGCCAACAAAAUUUAAGUGAGUGUGCCAGUGUGUGUGCCCGUGCCCGAGUGUGCGUGUGUGUGAGGCGCCAACUUGCCCCGGCAGAGAAAUAGAAAUAAAUAGUCAGCCAAAUGGCGGCCCAAAAGCACAAAAAGUGAAAAGAAAUAUUUAAGAAAAUUUAAUUUUGCUGCUGAGCCAAAGGCCUUCGCCGACAAAGGCCAGUGAAGUGUAACGCCAAAAAAAACGAAAAACCAUUGCCGCAGAAAGUAAAUUUUGAAAAUCAAAGUCAAACACUGGGAUCCGGAAUCCAGAAUCCAGAAUCCGGUCUGGACUAUUAAACGCCUCAUCCGCUAUGGAAGAACACCCAGUAGAGCCCCUGAAGCCGACCAAUAGCGUCUUCUCCUCCUCGGAAUCCAGCUCGUCGCCGAGUACGUGAACGUUUCCGUGGAGAAUGUCCGCUUGCAUGACAAUUGUAGCGUGCAGGCAUUCAGAAAACGCAGCAGAAAAAGCAGCAGCAGCAGCAGCAGCAGACAGCGCGGCUGAGCGAGCAGUACGUGAAGUGAUUCUUAACAAGGAGCAGAAGCAGCAGCAGGAGUAGCAAAAGGGGCAUCCCAAGGAGCAGGAGCAGUGGCAGGAGCAAGGACAACCAACGCACAUGCACGACAGAAGGGCUUAGCACCUGCACUCGACCCGCAGACAGCCGCAGAGCCAACGCACGGAAUAACUCCCUUAAACUGCCAUAUUUUUUUGAACCCGUAAACUAAUAACGCAUCGUUCUCGUACAGUCAAAUUUAAACCGGACAUUCCUUGCCGAAACAAGCUGAGCGAAAAGCAGGCCACGCCACGAACAGCUAUCUUGUGGUCAAUUAUACAAGGGCUGAGCGACAAAAAAGCAUAUAAAAAACUCGUCUGACAUCAGUUAUCGGAAAAACAACGACAACAUUGCGACGUGGCCAUUUUGACCAAUAAUAAUAAUGGUUAUGUUGCUGCACUCGAAGCGACAACUCCCGCCAUCAGCAGCAACGAGAGCGCGGCGGAAAGUGCCGCCCACCGGGCGGAUGUGGGCGUGGUCCUCCCUGCUGGUUCUGCUGCUGCUGGACAUCCAGAUAUCCAGUUGCUCCUCGGCUGGCGUUAGUUACAGCAGCAACAGCGGGAACCUGAGCACUUCGCAGAGAACCUCGGGUCUGGGACCUUCAUCUACGAACAUCGGAGGUCUCGUGCUGAUCGGUUCCAGCAGCGCCACCUCCAGUUCGGUUCCCUCACUUUCCCUCACCUCAUCCUCGUCGGCGGGUUCCGCCUCGGCGGGCAGCAGCUCCUCCUCCUCGUCUUCCUCCAGCAGCAGUGGAUCCAGUGGCAACCGCAGUGGUCGCCCCAUCAGCAGCAAUGGCAACUCCAACUCCGGUCCGAACCAUGAUCAAUUACCCGCCCAGCUUUCGUCGCGGAUUAUCCGCACACGCAACGGAGACAUUUCGGGUGUAAUUGUCCAAUUAGAUGGCCGCCACUUGGAUCCGGUGGAGGCGUACCGGGGAAUCCCCUACGCCUCCCCGCCCGUCGGCAACUUGCGCUUCAUGCCGCCCGUCUCCGCAGCCAUGUGGUCAGGUGUCAAGAAGGCGGACAGAUUCAGCCCGGUUUGCCCACAAAGAUUGCCGGACAUCCACAAUGAGACGGCGGCCCUGGAACGAAUGCCCAAGGGCAGACUGGAGUAUCUGAAGCGACUGCUGCCCUAUCUGCAGAAUCAAUCAGAGGAUUGCCUCUAUCUAAAUAUUUAUGUGCCCAUACAAGUUGGAUCGCGUGACUCCUCGGGCAGUUCUUCUUCCUCAACGGCGGGCUCCUCGUCGUCGGGAAGCGGUGGCUCCGGCUCAUCCUCGUCAACCUCCUCCUCGUCAGCCGGAGGAGGAGGUCCUGCCAAGUACCCAGUGCUGGUCUUCGUGCACGGGGAGUCGUAUGAAUGGAACAGCGGCAAUCCCUACGACGGAUCCGUGUUGGCCAGCUAUGGACAAAUAUUGGUGGUAACCAUAAAUUAUCGCCUCGGAGUGCUGGGCUUUCUGAAUGCCAACACGGACCGAUACUCGAAGCUGCCGGCCAAUUACGGACUGAUGGACAUCAUUGCGGCACUGCACUGGCUCAAGGAGAACAUCGGCUCCUUUGGCGGGGACCCCAACAGCAUCACCCUCGCUGGCCACGGCACGGGGGCAGCCUGCGUCCACUUCCUCAUCUCCUCGAUGGCCGUGCCGGAGGGUUUGCUCUUCAAUCGUGCCAUCCUGAUGUCCGGUUCGGGUCUGGCCCCCUGGUCUUUGGUCAGCAACCCGGCCAAGUACGCGGCUAUCGUGGCCCACCACGUGAACUGCGCCUCCGACCUCCCGCACGCCCACCUCAUGAAGUGCCUGCGCGAGAAGACCUUGGACCAGCUGCUCAGCGUCCCCAUUCGUCCGCCUGAGUUCGGAUUCGCCUUCGGGCCCAGCAUCGACGGAGUGGUCAUUGACGGCGGGGACUACGUGCCGCCCGCCCCAGGAUCCCCGGCGGCCCAGGCUCAAGCUCAGGCUUCCACGGCUGCAGGGAACGGAUUGGGCGGAGAGGCGGGAAUCGCUGCCGCCGGCGGUUGGGGAACGCCUGGUCAACUCGAGAAUAUCGUAUUAAUGAGAAAAACUGCCAUUAACAAGUUGUCAAGAUACGACCUGAUGGCCGGCGUGACACGUGCCGAGGCCUUUUUCAGCUUCAAUUCGGGGGACGUGCAAUAUGGAAUCGAGGCGGAUCGACGCUCGAGAAUUUUAAAGGCCUACGUACGCAACACGUACACGUUCCAUUUGAACGAGAUAUUCGCCACGAUUGUCAAUGAGUAUACGGAUUGGGAGAGGCCCGUCCAGCAUCCAAUUAAUAUCCGGGACGAAACACUGGAGGCGCUCAGCGAUGCUCAGGUUGUGGCGCCCGCGGCUCAAACGGUGGAUUUGCACUCGGCGGAUCAUCGCAACUCGUAUUUGUACGUGUUCGACUACCAGACGCGGUUCGGUGAUUAUCCCCAGCGCCAAGGAUGCAUCCACGGAGAAGACCUGCCCUAUAUCUUCGGUGCCCCACUCGUUGGUGGUUUCAAUCACUUCACGCGCAACUACACGAAAACCGAAAUCAGUCUCUCGGAAGUUGUGAUGUUCUACUGGUCCAACUUUGUGCGAAACGGCAAUCCAAAUGAGCAAACGGAAGCGGAGCACGGAAGUCGCCAGGAAAGGAGUCGCUAUAAAACAAUCGAGUGGACGGCUUAUGAAAGUGUGCAUAAGAAAUACCUCAAUUUCGAUACAAAGCCAAAGUUGAAGAACCAUUAUAGAGCACAUCGGCUCUCCUUCUGGCUGAAUCUCAUCCCAGAUCUGCAUAAGCCCGGUGGCGAUAAUGUGCCCGCUGCUCACCACCAACUGCACGAUGAUGACGAGGAGGACAACAAUAUUCCCAGCGAUGCCUCUGUGAAGCCACUCAAUCCGCCGUACAGUUCACGAGCUGCCAAUGCGGCUGCCAUGGGAAACUUUACCCUUUUCACCAGCCAGGUGUUUUCCCUGCUAAACCUGAGCUCCCCCUCAUCGUCCCUUCAGCGGAAUGGAACUCGCUACGGGGCAGGCAAGAUGUAUCCCGACGACAUGAUGGACGGGGACCACGGUGGUGGAGCAGCCAGUGCUUCGCAGGACAACGAUGGAUUCGCCGCCUACUCCACGGCAUUAAGUGUAACCAUCGCUAUAGGAUGCUCCCUGCUGAUCCUGAACGUGCUGAUCUUCGCGGGGGUCUACUACCAAAGGGAUAAGACCAGGCUCAGUGAGCCCCGACCCCAGACCAAGCUGAAGAGGCAGGAGAACGGCCAGAUGCCGAACAGCAUUUGCGGGGACCUGGAGACACUUACGAUCCACGCGAAGAGCGACCCCGCCACGAUCCUCUCGCACCACCACGCCAUGCAGCACCACCAGCUGCCGCCGCCGGAGUUCGCCGACAUUCCCCACCGAGCUCCCCCGCCGCCGAAGCACAUGAAAUCCCUCCAGGAUCCCGGGGGCGGUGGCUCGGUCAGCGGGGCGGUGGUGCAGAUGCCACCGCCACAUGCGCUUCAGGUGAUGGGCAACCAGUGCGGCACGCUGACCAAGAAGAGCUGCAUGAAGCAGACACAGGCCCAGGCGCAGCAGCACUCCCCCUCCCCACAGCAGCAGCAGCAGCAACAGCAGCAGCAGCAGCAACAUGUGGUCACCCAUCAGCAACACUUGCAGAAUCAUCAUAAUCAAAGCAUGACCACUGUGCUCACCACGGCCGGUGGCCUGGUGGUGCCGGCACCCCCUGUUCCGGUGAUUGUGGCUACCACCACGCAGCACCAGCAACACCAGCAGCAGCAACACCAGCAGCAGCAACAUCAGCAGCAGCAACACCAGCAGCAGCAGCAACAGCAGCAACAUCCCCUGAUGGACGAGCUGCGUGUGUGACAUUAAUUGACCGUGCGUUUUAAAUGUGAUCUCUAAACGCACAGCGUCCUAGUCCCUAAAUCCUGAAAUCCUUCCCCUAUGCGUUUCAGCUGUCCCUAUAUAUAAACUACAACGGCUAUAGCCUGUAAUUGUAAGUGUGUGUCGGGAGUUUGAGCUGUGUCUAUCCAAUACACACAGAGGCUUCCCCGUGCUAAACUCUGUUGCUAGUUGGUUUUCUCAAUUACCCUGUAAAUAGUUCUCUAAGUGUAGAUUGUUGUCGAACUCAUACCAAGGAAAGCUAACUUGGAAUUUCAGCCAAGUUGCAGGUAAAACCAAAUGGUUUUAUCCUCCGCGAUUUCUAAUAGUUUAUUAUGUUAAGUUAUUUAAAACCAGAAAUGUUUAUUUGUGUUUUAAUAUGGGUUAGGAAAAAUGUUCUACCUAACACAUUAAUUUUUAUUGAAAUAUAUAUUAAGUUACCUCACAGUCUAUUUAAAAGUAGAAUCAAUAAUAAUUCUCCUUUUUAAUUCCGUUUCAAUUUAAAAUAAGCAUUCUAAUUUUUUAUUUUCCUACGCCAAUCUGUAUUUCGCAACUAAUUAGGACCAAUAAUAACUAUGCGAUUCCAAGUUACGGACAAGUUUGCAUCUCUUCCUUCUGUUGGCGUUAGUAUUAAAAACUUUACAGUAGAAUAGAGUUAUAGGAACAAACUUAAAGGAUUCUGAAUGCGUAAAAACAAAAAGAACAUGAAUGUUAUUCUUCCAAAGACUGAAUUAUAAUUGUGUAUUGUGUGUAAAUAAAACUAGUUGCAGAAUUGAAAGAACUACUCUAAAUGUACAACAAAAAUCUCCCAUAUAUAUACGUUUUCAAACGAAUAAAGAUGAGAAUGCAGUUUUUAGCCAAAAAACCAUGAGAAUUACCAACACGUCAAAAAUAAAAAAGGAAACCAUAAUAUCAAACAAUGUACAGGUGAAAAGGAGCUGUUUCUUUAAGUUUUUCAGCAGAUUAGUGAAAACGGAAACUGCACAACUACACCAGCAAACAAUAGAAGCGACUUUAACUCAAACUAAAAGUGGAACUAAACUUUGGUCAGACAGAAAACAAACAAAACACAAGCAAAAUUAAAUUAAACUGUUAAUUGUAAGCAUGCAGCUACUUUGUUAUGUAACUAAAUAAAUAUUUAUAUAGCUAUUAAAAUUAAAUGCGUACAUAAGCCCACACAAUAUAAACAAAAACAAGUAAGCCCUUAUAAGCUAUAAAAAUUUCCAACUGCGAGAAUAGUUAAAAAUUCCAUUAGGAAUUAAGCGGGGCAAUUGAAACGCGCAGUGAGUCAUAACAAAUAUUCAUAAUUAUUUUGUAUUUCUCGGCUUGGUUGUUUUUUUGUUCUGAAUCACAACCAUUUCAAACAAUUGCCCAAAAUUGUAAUUAAAAUGGAAAUGAGAUGCGAAAAAAAUAGAGGGCAAAUUAAGCAAUGGAACAACUCAUUAAAGUGAAACGGCGUAAAAAUUGCAAACAAUUUACGGCGCUUAUUAAAAAUACUUGUAAAUUAUAUAAACACAUUUAGCGACAGUAAAAACCAAACUGAAAUGAAAACUAUUAUGAAAAACAAAAAUUAUUUACAGCCCAAUUGAGAAUGUAUAAGUCUAUAGCUUCUGUAUGCAUAUACAAACAUCUAUAAAAAUAAAUCUAUAUAUUAAUGUAACGGUGUAAACUUAGCAUAAUUAGCAAAAUAAUACUACAAAUUUAUAUAAAUAAUAUAUAGAGUGCUGCAUAACGGGCAAAACAAAAACGAUACAAUUAAAACCAGAACUCAUGAAAACUAUUGCGUUAGAAAAUGUGUAACGAUUGUGCGAAAGAGACUUAGCAUUAACAAAUUUGGACUAAAUGGAAUAUAGUAAAAAUCAGUAAUGAAGAGCAUAAUAAUGAAAACCAAAUGAGAAGGAAAUUUAGUUUAAUGGUGUAUAACCACAGAGACGGUGUAAAGCGAGUUGCAGACACUUAAGAUGAAAUGAAAAUUAAAAUAA